AUUUAUCUGAUGAUAUAUGUGUAGUUUUCUCUCUGUGCUCAAGAAAAAUAAUGUUAUAAUGUCAAAUUUCGUUUCGAAAUGAAUAAACUUUUAGAAGAAGAUUACUUUCUGUUAUUGGAUGCUUGGAUCUUUUGUUAAGACAUUAGUAACUCAUUUUGAUUUAUAAAUCAAUAACAUUAAAUUGAUUUUUGGUUGAAAUAAAAAUUUCAAAUAGUUUAUUGAGAUCCUAUCGAAGUGCGAACAUACAUACAUAGUGAGCGACAUCUUUGACUCUAUGCUGUUUUGGGCAGAAAGAUUGUGGUUAAAAUAAAAUAGAAGAAAAAAAGUGAAUUUACGAAGGUGGAUCGUUUGAACAUUUUCGGAAAAUAUGUAAAAUAGUUUGAUCUCUGAUUUUACAUGAAAACGAUAGCUUUUCAUCGCCAUUGGAUGCAUAAUAUUUAAUUUACAUUGCUGUAACCAAAACAAAUCAAAGAAUUGAAUUCUGGAUAUCUUUCUUAAAUUCUUUUUUCUCGCACACAAUCCAAGAUUUUCUAAUCAUAAAAAAUCAUACUCAUCAAUGCCAUUCUGCAUAAAUUAGAGAUACAGUAAUUAGUGUUUUACGGCGACAACUCGAUUGUUAAAUAAAAGCGAUAACUGUCCAGUUUAACCAAGAUUAAAGUCAUAGUACAUAGCUGUGGAUAGAACCAAAUAACCAGCGAAAAGAAUUCAAAAUGGAAAGUCCCGGCGCUGCUGGAAGGCGUCGUGGAACUUCUCGCAGCAAUGUAGAAGAUCAGGCAUUAGAUCAAAUUGCUAAAGAGGCCGAAGCACGUUUGGCACAGCGAAGACUUGCCCGGGCAGAAGCGCGUGACAUUCGCAUGCGUGAACUUGAACGCCAACAGAAAGAACAGGAACAAAAUGCAGAUCGAGCUUUUGAUAUGCAAACAGCAGCUGGUUUAGAUCCAACAGCGCGAUCUACACGUUUUACAAUGUCUUCGGGUGCAUUGGGUGCAUUGGGUGCAUUACGUAGUGGAACAAUGUCAUCACGUCGCAGUAGUGAAGAUUCAUUAGAAGAAGAAGGUCGUAGUCUUCGCGAUAUAAAACAAGAAAUAAAGGAUUUAGAAGAACGGUAUAGAAAAGCAAUGAUAGCUAAUGCUCAAUUGGACAAUGAACGCGCAUCGAAUACAUAUCAAAUUCAAUUGUUGAAAGACAAAGUGGAGGAUAUGGAUGAGAUACAUGCACAACUGCAUCGUGAGCACAAAGAAAAAUGUCGAGAAUUCGAUACAUUAAAACGAACAAAUGAAAAACUUAUGGAAGACUUAAGAUUAGUUCAAGGUCAACUACACGAGCGUGACUUCUUAAUUGCAAAUGAAGGUCUGACAAUAGUUUCAAUUGAAAAUGAAGACGGUUCGGAUGCAAAGCGGGCUCUAGUCAGUGCAGAAAAUGCUCAAUUAUUAGACACUCAUCAAGGCUCUUUAGAUGUACGGUUGAAAAAAUUCACUGAAGAGAAACAAGCCUUAAGAACUGAAAUUGAGCAGCUCCAUCAACAAUUAAUUAGUGCGAAAACACAAAGGCGAUCUGGAUCACAAAACGGGCCAAUCGAUGAUGAAGACUAUGAAGAUGCACAAAGAGAAGCAAAUAAAUUAAUUGCAGACUAUAAGUAUAAGUUGACAAAAGCAGAACAGGAAAUAGCUAGUUUACAAGCAAGCCUAGCACGUUCUGAGACUCAAGUUAUUCGAUACAAGAGCACAGCAGACGCCGCUGAAAAAGUUGAGGCCGAAUUGAAAAUUGAGCGACGAAAACUUCAGCGAGAGAACCGCGAAAUGAUGGAAAAACUUGAGGAGCUGGAAACAUCUCAUAAUCACUUGCUGAAACGUUUAGAUAAACUGAAAAAUGCAAAGAGCACAUUGCUUAAAGAAUUAUGAUCUACAAAAAACUGAUUAAACGAACAAAACAAUUAUUUUCAAAUGAAAAUAUCAGUCAAGUUAUUAACUUAGGGUGCCAAUUUAGUGCUGCUUAUUGCUCUACAUUUUCACAUCUACGUUCAAAUAGUAUCUCCAAAUUACAAAUGGAUUUAGAAAAAAGAUUUGCCAUUAACAUAAAAAAAAACGUUUUGUGACGUGUCUUAUAUAUGCAUUAUUAUAUAAAUUUAGUUAAUUAUCCAUCAAUAAAGCAAAACAUUAAAUGUAA